CUACGCACCGCCGGCCGUGUUUUCUAAGAAAAACACGUCGGGUUCCAGGCAGCUUCGAUCAGCUUCGGGAUGGGUACCAUUCUCCAGAACAGGACCUUGAGAUCCGCGGACACGGUCUCCAUCGGGGACCCGGAGCGGAAGAAGAAGGCGGCCGGCACCAAAAUGGGCAGGCGGCAAUCUCAAAGGAAGUCCGUGCCGCCGCCGCAGCACGCGCUGCCGGUACCGGAGAGGAACGGCGAACAGAAGCUGCAGCAGAGAAGAAAGCAGAAACCUAGAACCCUGUCGACCAAACGUCUUACUACUCAACAUAGUGCUCAGGGAACCUCAGAAGCGGAGUCGGCUUCUCAGACCUACUUUCCACCUCACCGCCUGCCUUGUUCGAGUCGUGAUCCGCGUGAGACGGCGUCCCCAGACGGGGGGAGCCAGAGCGGCCACGCACAGGGCGACAGCGACACCGACUUGUCUGAUUCGGAGAGGCUUCCUGUGGCGCCCUGUUCUCGGGUUCCUCCACCGCUCCAGCUGAGGCCGGAGCUCAUCGAGGCUGAGGACGGGGCCUCCUGCAGGCCCGGAAGAAACAACCACGGGUCUUCGGACUUCCCAGAUUUCCUCCCUCCGCCUUUCAACUCCUGGAGCCUUGGCCAGCUGGCUGUCUUCUACAACAUGGAGGGCCGGGGGGCCCCUCGGCCCAGGCCCGUGGGCCCUUUGGAAAGGUACAUGGAGAGGAUGCUGCAGCUGGAGUGGCGGCAGAUCCGGACCGUCCAGGAGGAGGGCGGGACGCCGGCGGGGUCGGAUGCCGUAUACAGCUGCCACCGGGCAGCCGGCGCCGCCUCCUCUCGCCUCAGCUCUCCGAAGUGCAUCCUUCAGUGUCAACGUUCCUUCCCCCUCACCUUCCUCUCCUCCCUGGCCAGCCACUGCGCCCUGCUCUCCGGCUGCGCCUGCACUCUCUGCCGCAUCCGAUACACGGCCUGCUGCACGACGUCGUCGUGCUGCCGCUCCGCUCGCCAGUCCAGACCGAGUCCCGCGCCAGAGCGCGGCAGCAGGGGCCCCGCGUCGCUCCCCAAAAGGAGCUACAGCGAGAGCCGGCUGCACUCAGCGGACAGGAGCUCCGCGUGCCGGGCUCAGAGGUCGGGCAGCCCCACACGGACCAACGGCCACCUGAGGAGGAUGCAGGCGUCGGGUAACAUCCGCAACCCCGCUCACGGUGCCGGCGGCAAGCCUCAGGCCACCGCCAGGGACCCAAGAGUCGGGGACCUUUCGGGAGCAAGGGGCGGCGGGUCGGACUACAGGCCCGGGGGGUUCCUUCGGAGGAGGAGCGGCUCCGAGCAGAAAAGAGGCGGAGUCGAGGGACAACGAGGUGCUAUGGAGAAAAGACGAAGCGGCUCCGAGUGUAGAAGAGGGGGAGCCGAGCGGAGGAGAGCGGCCGAGCUCCGGGAACGGGAGAUCACACCCGAUGCCGUCGAUGCAAUAAUGGACAAUUUACCCGGGUCCAAGAAUUACCCAAUAAACAGAGCAAACAGGCCGAAGCAGGUUGAAUUUGUAACAUAACAGCAAGUUGAGGGCUGUUAGUGUACUACUUUUAUUUAUUUAUCCAUCAGCAUAUGCGUUUAUUCUUUGAUUAUAAAUGUGUAUUUUCAAUCAUUUUCACUUGAUUGAACAAGCUGAUAAAAAGGGCAGUAGGAUUGUAAAUGUACUUUUCUUUCUCGAAUGGAUCUUUUGUCUUUUUCUAUUUAUAGCUGAAUGAUUCCGUCUAAUCCAAUGUUGUGAUUACAGUCCAAUAAGCUAAUAUGUCUAUGAAUGUUUACAUUUCUUAUUGAUCAAAGAUACAAUAAAUUAUUUGAGAAUGUG